AUGGAUUCAGGCCUGACUGCCAGCCAGCUUCUGGCCCCGAACGCAGAGUACGCUGGAAUCGGAUUGGUAGGAGGAUUACCGGAUGUUCCUGUACAGGGCUCGUUUACUCUUGAGGAAAUGCUGCGGCACCACCACUGUGUCAUUCAUGUCCUUGGCGAGGAUGUGGUUCGUGAAGGAGACUUGUCAGGCAAAACGACGUUGCUCGACUUGCUUAAGGCUAUCGGCAAGCUCCUCAGCCUAUUCGACGCGGCGAAGGCUACAUACUUCAACAAGAAGCAACCUCCGCGGCACAGUUCGGAACAGUGCAUGCAGCAACCGGGUCUUGUUUGCCUAGAAAGCACCAUCAGUAUUGGAAGACAGGUGCUCAAUGAAGAGGAGAGCGCUUUGGUCGCAAGAGACAUCGUAAAGUCUUCGGUCAUGCAGCUCGCAAAGGAAGUUACGGAGUUGAAGAAGUGGUUCUAUCAGUUCAGGAGUGUAGGCAACUCCGUCGCACGUUCAGAUGGGGAUUCCGUGGAAAUAGGAGAAAUGGAAAGAGUUCUGACUCGCAUUUGGGCCCUUGUAGCAGGCAUAAGGGAACAACGAUGA